CGCGGCGCGCCGGAGGCCUCCCGCCGCCGCAGCCGCAGCGCCGACGCCGAGCGCGCCGCGGCGGGCAGCCGAGCCCCGCACGGGCCGCGGGGCGAGCGGGCGCGCUGAGGCGCCGCGGCGGCCAUGGGGGCCCUGACGAGCCGGCAGCACGCGGGCGUGGAGGAGGUGGACGUCCCGUCCAAUUCCGUGUACCGCUACCCGCCCAAGUCCGGAAGCUACUUUGCCAGCCACUUCAUUAUGGGAGGAGAGAAGUUCGACUCGACUCACCCCGAGGGAUACCUGUUUGGCGAGAACAGCGACCUGAACUUCCUGGGGGACAGGCCUGUGGCGUUUCCGUACGCUGCGCCGCCCCCCCAGGAGCCCGUGAAGACGCUGCGAAGCCUCAUCAACAUCCGGAAGGACACCCUGAGGCUCGUCAGAUGCGCUGAGGAGGUGAAGGCGCCUGGCGAGGAGACGAGCAAAGCCAAGGCACACUACAGCGUGGAGUUCACCUUCGACACGGACGCCCGUGUCGCCAUCACCCUGUACUACCAGGCCACGGAGGAGUUCCAGAACGGCAUCGCCAGCUACAUCCCCAAGGACGGCGGCCUGCAGUCGGAGACGGUACACUAUAAGCGCGGCGUAUGCCAGCAGUUCUGCCUGCCCUCCCACACCGUGGACCCCUCCCAGUGGGCCGAAGAGGAGCUCGGCUUUGACCUGGACCGUGAGGUGUACCCGCUGGUGGUGCAUGCCGUGGUGGACGAGGGUGACGAGUACUUUGGCCACUGCCACGUGCUGCUGGGCACUUUUGAAAAGCACACAGACGGGACUUUCUGCGUGAAGCCCCUCAAACAGAAGCAAGUGGUGGAUGGGGUCAGCUACCUGCUGCAGGAGAUCUACGGCAUCGAGAACAAAUACAACACGCAGGAUUCCAAGGUGGCCGAGGACGAGGUGAGCGACAACAGUGCCGAGUGCGUGGUAUGUUUGUCGGACGUGCGGGACACCCUGAUCCUGCCCUGCCGCCACCUGUGUCUGUGCAGCGCCUGUGCCGACACCCUACGCUACCAGGCCAACAACUGCCCCAUCUGCCGCCUGCCCUUCCGGGCUCUGCUGCAGAUCCGCGCCAUGAGGAAGAAGCUCGGCCCCUUGUCCCCCGCCAGCUUCCACCCCGUCAUCUCCUCCCAGACUUCCGACUCAGAAGAGCAUUCGUCCUCAGAGAACAUUCCUCCUGGCUACGAGGUGGUGUCGCUCCUGGAGGCCCUCAACGGGCCCCUCACCCCAUCCCCCGCCGUCCCCCCGCUGCACGUGCUCGGAGACGGCCCCCUCUCAGGGACGCUGCCCUCCUACGGCAGCGAUGGCCACCUGCCCCCCGUCAGGACCCUCUCCCCGCUGGACCGUCUGGCUGACCGCAGCGGCCCAGGACUCCAGCUCAAACGGAGCCUGUCCAAGUCUGUGUCCCAGAAUUCGGCUGUGCUGCCCGAGGAGGAGGACGGGGAGGACGGCGAGGAGGAGCCGUCCUGCAGCGAGUCGGAGACGCGCCUGUCCCCACGGCCACCGGCCCAGCACCUGGGGGAGGACUGCGGUGUGACCCCCGAGAGCGAGAACCUCACCCUGUCCUCGUCGGGAGCCAUCGAUCAGUCGUCCUGCACCGGCACCCCGCUCUCCUCCACCAUCUCCUCCCCUGAGGAGCCCGCGAGCAGCAGCCUGGCGCAGUCGGUCAUGUCCAUGGUGUCAUCCCAGAGCCGCCACUCCCAGCUCAGCACCGACACCGUCUCGUCCAUGUCCGGCUCCUACGUGGCCCCCGGCACCGAGGAUGAGGCAGAAGCGCUCCCCUCCCCCCGCGCCGCCAGCAGGGCCCCCUCGGAAGAAGGGGAGGCGCUGCCCGGAGCGUCUCCAGACCGGAACUUCGUUGGCCUGGAGGAGCAGGAUGCGGAGGGGAACGAGGUGCUGGAGGAAGAGGACAUCUCGCCCACCCAGGAGGACGGCCAGCGGACACGCGCUUUUCUAGGCACGGAGUGUGACAAUAACAAUGACAGCGCCAGCGUGAAAGCACUGGACAAUGAGCUGUGCUCUGAGGUCUGCUUACCCGGCGCCUGGCAGGCCGACGACAACGCCCUCAGCCACCGGAGCCGAGCGAGGCCAUCGGGCGGCAGGGAGGGCCCCGAGAGCCGGCCCAGCGUGUGGGGCCCCUUGGCGGUGUGA